AUGUAAGUAAAUUGCCAAAAUAAUAUAGAUAUUUUUAAUUUAUUUUUUAUUUAAUAGGGAUUAACAUAUAUUGCAACCAUUUGCUCUCCAAAUUGUAUUUAUCAGUUGAAUUCUUUUUAAUAAUUAUUCAAUUUUAUACCUGGAUGUUCUGAAUAUUUAGAUUCUACUAAAUAAAGUUGCAAAGUUUGCAAUCCUAAUUAUUAAUUGUCAAAUAGAAUCUGCAUAGUUACUUGUGGUCUCGGAUACUUUGAGAAAGAUGGUAUCUGUAUUUAAUGUGAUUAAUCUUGCUAAACUUGCAACGGAACUCUACCCACAAAUUGCUUAAUUUGUUAAGAUGGUUUAUAUUUCCAUUAGGAUAAUUUAUGCAAAGUUUGUGAUACAAACAAUGGAUAUAUGAUAGAUAGUUAAAGUUGUAUUUGCUAAGAUGGAUAUAAACUAGAUAACUAAAAAUGCGUUCAGCUAUACCUAUCAUAUAACUCUGGUACUUUUAGUUAAAGUGUUGUUACUCAAGUCACUUAGUAAGCUCAAACCUCAUCUAAGGCAGCUUUUGCUAGCACAACCUUCUUAAGUUCUGUGUAAAAUCUAAUAUCAACAUCAAGUAUAGGAAUAUCUAUUAAUGGUAUAACUUGCUUUAAGUUAAGUUAUCUUCUUCUGGUAAACACGGUUCUUCCAUAAUAAAUAUAUGGCCCACUAAGUGCAAUUAAAGAUUAAUGUCCAUCUAGUUAGUUCUAAAAAUUGAAUUUAUUUGCUUUAAUAAAUUAAAAUAGCAGUGAAUACUAAAAUUUAAGAUAUUAACAGUUAGAUAUCUCUUACAAUAUUCUGUAAACGAGUGGCUAAGCUUUAUAAAAAAUGAAAGAAUUAAACCUAUCCUGA